AGGAGAAUUUUGUGGGCUAAUGUUCAAGCCUGUCAAUUCGGUACCAAUAUCUAGAGGCUCGAUGGCUUCUUCGAUAUCCAUAGAUCGUUGCUGGUCCGUAGCUGAGGCGCCAGUGAGACGUUGCUAAAAUAGCGGGCUCUAGGCAACAAUAGGACAGGGCUGCCUUACUAUCUCUGAUCCUUAGUAGCCUCAAGUCACUAAAAAGUGCCUAAGAACAGGCAGAUAGGGCAGACGGUUCUCCACAUUAAUUCAUGCCUUAUUUUGAGUCCUUCUUUGAAGGUAUUUUGUCACGUAGGACACGUUAGUAUGAUGAACUUAUCUCUCUUAUUAAAAAGGUACACUGGAUUUUCUGUUGACAUAGAGAUACGUUAAUUCAUUGUUAUUUUAUAAGACGACUUGAGUACCUAUUAUUCUCUCCCUUGCACGCCUGUGUGGGUCACCAACGAUGGCGCCUCGGAAGGGUGCCCCCUCUAAAAAGGGGAGAGCUGUCACAACUGAGACUACAGGAGCGAAAUCUAGCAGUGUUACAAAAUCAAGUUCUCGAAAAACCACCGACAUAGAUGGUAACUCCCAUCUUGUCAUAAAGCGUCGUAGCGAGAAUCAUCGAGGUGAUGGUGAACCCGAUGCUACGCACCAGGAAAGACCCAGAAGACAUGGAACUUUCCCAACACCAAGUCAGGCCCAGGUAGACACUCCGCACAGCACAAUCACAGGGACUGCUUCAUCAGCCACUUCGCCUAUCAACGUUAUACCGUCCAAAAGGUUGAAAGUAUUUGUCUUUGGUGAAGGUGGCUUCGGCGAACUUGGUCUUGGAAAUCAGAAAUAUAAUGAGAAGAAGCCUAUGAAUGUGAAGCGCCCACGCCUUAAUCAUAACUUACUUCCUGAUAAAGUUGGUAUUGUCCAAGUCGCUUGUGGUGGCAUGCACGUAGUUGCUCUGACUGCAGAUAACAAGAUCCUCACGUGGGGUGUCAACGAUCUCAAGGCGUUAGGUCGCGAGGCAGUUUUUAAAGAUCCUGGAACCGAAAUGGAUGAUGAUAAUGAUGACGAUGAUGAGUAUAAGGGCCUUGACGUUAGUGAAAGCACUCCAGGCGAGGUCGACCUGAGUGCUUUGAGCCACGUCCCUCGGUUCGUCCAAGUCGCUGCCACUGACUCUGCAUCAUUUGCAUUGAGUGAAACGGGAGAGGUAUACGGAUGGGGUGCAUUCAAGGGUUCUGAUGGUGUUUUCGGUUUUACUCAAGACAUCAAGAUACAACCAAUCCCUAUACAAGUAGCAGGUCUCAAAGAAAUUACGUCUUUAGCUGCUGGCGCGAACCAUAUGCUUGCCUUGGAUAAGCAUGGUAAGGUUUUCACCUGGGGAUAUGGCGGCGAAUUCCAACUUGGUUGGAAACCAGCCUCAAGGCAUACUAGUCCAAAGGCUACGCUAGAUCCUCAUGUCUGUGGGCGUUUUACGAAACAGAACUAUGCCGUGAAGAUUGCUGCAGGAUCAUAUCACAGUUUUUACAUUAAUAAUCACGGGAAGUUAUGGUCCUGGGGUUUGAAUAACUUCUCUCAGACGGGACAUCCGGACCUCGCCGGCAAGGAUAAUGCGAUAGUCACCACUGCCAAGGCUGUUCGGGCUCUUCGGGACUACAACAUCGUUCACGUAGAUGGAGGCGAACAUCAUUCCGUUGCGGUCAGUGCUGACGGCAAAUUAUUUGCCUGGGGCAGAAUCGACGGACAUCAGGUUGGCUUGCCGAAAGAAGCAUUCACCGAAGAAAAUACCAUAAUAGACAAGUACGGAAAGCCGCGGAUCCUCAUCGAACCUACAAUCAUACCAAAUUUGACUGCUGCCUUUGCUGCUGUUGGUACCGAUACCACCAUUGUUGUCACGCCUAAUGGCAAAGCAUAUAGCUGGGGUUUUUCAAUAAGUUACCAAACUGGACAAGGCACAAAGGAUGAUAUCGAAACCCCAACUCUCAUUGACAAUUCUGCUAUACGCGGUGAAAAUAUCGUGUGGGCGGGCUUAGGAGGGCAAUACUCUAUGUUAGCUUCAAUAGAAGAAGAAUAGGCAGCCCGAAUAUUCACCUUG